AUGAAUUCUACUCGUCCUCCCGUGCUAGUCGUAGGCGCUGGGCCAGCAGGUCUAGUGGCAGCGUUAACGCUCCUCCAGAACGGCAUCUCAGUUCGCAUCAUCGACAAAGACCCCAACCCUCGAAUUGGACAGCGUGGUCCCGGAAUUUGGAAAGUCAAUGAGCUAGCGAAACCCAUCCCUAUAGUCCGUUCCUACAAGCUUGGGAUGUUGGAAUCUGCGACAGAUUCUUUGCUAGCCCCGCAUAUGGAACCUACCCCUGCGAUACCAUUUCACAUUCCAAAGCUGAUAGGUCAGCAACUCUUAGAUGUGAUUCUGCGACGCCACCUAGAGAAGUUCUCAUGCACUGUCGAGAUGGGCACCGAACUGCGUUCUUUCGAGCAGUCCGACGAAGGUGUGACAGCUGUGCUAGCAAAGGACGGCAUAUUAGAGACUUUCAAUACUAAGUGGGUGAUCGGCGCUGAUGGUGCUAAAGGCAUCGUACGCAAACAGCUCGGGCUUACGUUCUUGGGCGAGACUAGGGACGAUGUCCGACUGGUCAUGGGAGAUAUUCGUUUACAUGGCGUUGGUCUUGAUAGAGCGCAUUGGCACCGAUUUGGAAACUUUGAACGAGGCCUUUCAUUACGUCCAACAGAUGAAAUUGGCGAGGAUGGCUGGCAAUUUAUUAUCAUGAACAAUGAUAUAGACCUGACAAAGAUCGCUCAGAGUGAGGAGCUGAUUUUCGAGACUAUCGUAUCAGCGAUACCAACCGAGGUCACGUUCAAUAAGCUCCUCUGGGUGAGCGAGUUCAGGUUGUGUCUUAUUUGGUUACAUCAACGCGUCUUCAAUGUUCGUUUGUUUAUCUAUUUUAGGGCCAACAUCCGCAUGGUAAACAAGUUCAGCGAGGGCCGAGUUUUUGUUGCGGGCGAUGCUGCUCAUGUCCACAGUCCAACCGGUGGUCAGGGACUCAAUUCAGGUAUACAAGAUGCUUUCAAUCUAGGUUGGAAACUUGCCCUCGUCGAAAAAGGACUCGCCGACAAGUCUCUCCUUGAGACGUAUAAUGCCGAGCGUUUGCCUGUCAUCUCCGAGAUGCUUGAGAUGACCACCGCGAUUCUCAACAAGACAAUAAAGACAGGCAACAUGGCCAUCACACGAGGUCCCAUCCUUUCCAUGCUUGGUAUCAAUUGCCGAUUCAGCGACAUCGUUCUCGACGAGUUUGCAGUUCCAGGAAAGCCUAUCAAUGCGUAUGGGGUACUUGACGAGGGGCAACUGGAGGCUGGAGACAGGGCACCUGAUGCACCAAAUCUGGUCCAGGUGGGAGGUGGAGAAUCCGAUGUGAAGACGCUUUUUAGUCUCUACAGACCAUGGUAUCACACUGUGCUUGUGUUCGCGCCGAGUCACACAGAUGCUACCCUGAUUUUGGGUGCGCUGGAGGCAUACGACACAGGCAUCGUGCGAUCAGCAGUCGUUCUGCCUUCAUCAGCGACAGGUGCUACUGUUGCAUCCUGUGCUGACCUCGUUCUUGUUGAUGAGAAGGGCCACGCUUAUUCGGCUUACCUCGUGGAAGCUGGUCAGACGAGGGUGCUUGUGAUACGGCCUGACGGAGUGGUUGGGGCUAUCGUACAUGGUGCAGAAGGUGUGAAGAAGUAUUUUUCCAAAAUAUUUUUGGAUGCGUAG